CUUUGCUGCUGCCUCUGCUUCUGCACUUUUUUGCUUGCAUUCUACCUACUUCACCACCGCAGCUGUCAGAAAUUUGGGAUCAGAGCUGGAAGCUGUCCUAUCCGAAGCCCAUCCGAAGUAGGCUGCGGUAUACAGCUCUAGGCAGCUAUAUCAAGCUCCACGCGGGUCCACAGCCUGGAAUCUUUUUCCUCCAAGCUCCUAUUCAUAAUCAAGAAGUAAACCUUGUCCUUUUUGCGUAAAUUCACAGCUGAUCAUGGCGGCAACUGAGGUGCAGCAACCCUUGGAUAGGGAGGCUUUCCUUAAGAUGGCCAAGUACCCACUGAUCAAGAGCUCUGAUAUGAUGGAGGAGAUGCGGAACGAGGCUGUCGAAAUGGUCAUAACAGCGGUAGAAAAGUACAGCAACAACUACGAGCUCGCGGCGCGGUUAGUAAAGGAGAGCAUGGACAAAAAGUUUGGUGGACCGUGGCACUGUAUAGUGGGAGAAUACUACGGCUUCGAAGUCACACACGAAGUGAAGAAUCUUCUGUACGUGUUUGCGGCUGGGUAUCUCGCCAUCAUUUUGUGGAAAGGGUGACGACAGGCCAAGCGUUCGAUCAAUCCAGAAGUUUGGGAAGACUGUGAUUAGGUCCAAGUCAGAUGGCAUUGUAACGUUGCUCUGCUCUUUUAACCUAUUUAUUCCAUCUGGUUAGAGUGCAUUCUCUAUGAAGGGCUCACUUGCACAGGCCAGAAAUAGUGACGCGAAACCGCAGCGUAACAGAGUCAAGUCGCGUGAC